UUCAGUGAACAUAUCUGCAAUGUAUUACGGUCCUAGGUCAUUUAGUGACUUAUAGACGAGUAAAAGGAUUUAGCUCACUGGAGGGCAGGGGCGUAGCACCAAAUUUUGGGCCCUGGGUACAAACCAUCUUGCUGGGCCCCCGUACCAAAUACCAUAGUGAUACCAAUGGGUGUGAUAUUUUGAAGAAAGUUGGUAACCAAAUGACCAAAAGUAGCGCAGAGUAUUGAAGUGAUGGGGAAAGCAAGGCAUGUAUUGAGUAAAAAAGCACUUUUUAUUUAGUAUUGUUCACUUGUGUUGCCUUAUUUAAAUUAUUGUGUUGAAGUGUGGGGCAACACCUACAAAACCACCUUACAAACAUUAAGCACAUUACAAAAAGAGCAAUUAGAAUAGUAAACAAGGUAGGAUAUCAUGAGCAUACUAAUUUACUAUAUUUAAAAUUGCACACUUUAAAGUUUAAAGACCUCGUUAAACUUAAGACUGCUCAAUUAAUUUAUAAAGCAAUAAAUAAACAGUUGCCUGGAAACAUGCAACAGUUAUUUACAGAUAGGGUUGGGGGUUAUAACUUGAGAGGGGAUUUAAAUUUGAGUCAACAUAGGACUCGGACAAAACUCAAAAGUAUGUGUAUUUCGAUUUGUGGGGUGCUUUUGUGGAACAGUCUGAGCAGUUCAAUCAAACAAAGUGUUAAUAUGUUGCAAUUUAAAAAAAGGUACAAAAGUAUUAUGCUUCAUAAGUAUAGAAGUGGAGAGGGUGAAUGAUAAUUCAUUAUGGUGGGAAAGGAUGCUUGAUAAUGGUUUUUGUAUAUGCUUUUUUCUUCAUCUUAAUAUUAAGAUAACGCAUUAUUUUCUUGUUCAAUUGUGAAUUGGUUGAGGUAGUUACUGUGGGUAGUGCUUGAUAAUCCUAGGGCUUCUACCUAUCCAUUUUCGAAAAGGUUGAUUAUUAUGUUAUUUAUUUUUGUUUAUUUAUAUGGAUAUUUAUUACGAAUUGCUGUCAUUUUUAUUUUUAUUAUCAUUUUAUUAAUUGUUCGAAAUAAAGAUUUUGAUUAAUUCAUUCAUUCCUGUGGUGAUGCCACCGGAAUCGCUGUAAUGAUUUCUUUUACUGUCUAUGGGUGCAACCGUGAUAUCGAGGGGAGGGGCUCUGUACCUUGACGACAACUCUUCACCAAACCGAAAGUGACAGACAGCCAUCGACGUUUAGCUGGACAGGAUUAAGAAUGAAAAUCUGAGAACUACCAGAGUGAUAGCAUUUCACACUAUGGAAGAAAAGAAGAAAUGCAGAACAGCAUCUUCGCAACCCAGCAGCACUGACUCCAUGCAUCAACCUCCUGAAUGUAGUGAUGAAUCUGUGACCUUUCACCCCAGGAAGCGGUUUACCACAGCAUCUUCAGAACCCAGCUGCAUAUCUAUGAAGAGCACUGGCUCCAUUCAGCAACCUCCUGAAUUAAGUGAUGAAUCCGUGACCUUUGACCCUAGGAAGCGGUUUACGACAGCAUCUUCAGAACCCAGCUGCAUAUCUAUGAAGAGCACUGGCUCCAUUCAGCAACCUCCUGAAUUAUGUGAUAGACCAGUGGCUUCUGACCCCAGUGUGGAAAGAGAUGCUCAGUCCAAAUGUGGAUUAUCCAGUUUCGCUGACACUGCUAAUGACUAUGAGUUUUCAUCUUUUGAUGCACUUAAGAAGAAACAGAAAACAAACAUGAAGAGAAAGUAUGAGAGCUUAUUUGAGGGAGAUCAAAUACAAAGAAAAAAAACCUUCCUGAACAGCAUUUACACACAGCUCUACAUCAUAGAUGGGGAGAGUGAAAGGGUUAAUGAAGAACAUGAGAUCUUACAGAUAGAGAAAAGUUACACAAUGCUCCAAAAGACUCAAAUCAAUUGCAAUGAUAUAUUACAACCACUACCAGGGUAUGAGAAUCAGACAAAAGACAAAGUGAAGACUGUUCUUACUAGCGGCAUCGCUGGAAUUGGAAAAUCAGUCUCUGUGCAAAAGUUCAUUUUGGACUGGGCCGAGGGAAAAGCCAAUCAGGAUGUAGAUCUCAUGUUUGUGCUUUCAUUUCGAGAGCUGAACUUGUUUAAAGAUGAUCAAUACAGUCUUUACAAACUUCUGGUGGACUUUCAUCCUGAAAUUCAGGAUCUGGACUCAAAGAUUCUUGAGGAGUGUAAAGUUGUAGUUGUCUUAGAUGGUCUGGAUGAAAGCAGGAUCACACUGAUGUUUUCAGAAAAUGAGAGUGUUUCUGAUGUGAAUGAGUCUUCAUCAGUGGGUGUGUUGAUGUCUAAUCUCAUCAGAGGAGAGCUGCUUCCCAAUGCUCUCAUCUGGAUCACCUCCAGACCAGCAGCAACCAGUCGGAUCCCCUCCAAAUACAUCAACCGUCUGACAGAAAUUGAGGGAUUCAAUGACUCUCAGAAGGAGGAAUACUUCAGAAAGAGAAUCAGUGAUGAGCAUCAAGCCAGCAGAAUCAUCUCGCACAUUAAAAGAUUAAGAAGCCUCCACAUCAUGUGUCACAUACCUGUCUUCUGCUGGAUCUCAUCCACUGUCCUUCAAAACCUCCUGAAACAAGAGGAGAGUGCAGAAAUCCCUAAAACUCUGACUGAGAUGUACAUCCACUUCCUGCUGACUCAGAUGAACAUGAGGAACCAGAAGUAUGAGGAGAGAUCCAGUGAGAGAAAUCCAGAGGAACUCCUGCAGUCCAACAAAAACAAGAUUGUGAAACUUGCUGGACUUGCUUUCAAGCAGCUGAUGAAGGGCAAUGUGAUGUUCUAUGAGGAGGACCUGAUUGAGAGCGGCAUAGAUGCCAUUGACAUCACAGUGUAUUCUGGGAUUUGCACCGAGAUCUUUAAGGAGGAAUCUGUGAUUCAUCAGAGAAAAAUCUACUGCUUUAUACAUCUGAGCUUUCAGGAGUUUCUUGCUGCGUUUUAUGUUUUCUACAGCUUUACAAAUGACACUCCAGAUGCAAUGAAAGUGUUUGAUUUGUUCCCAAAUUUCCAUAAAGGAGCGAUAGAUGUGGCUCUUCGGAGUGAGAAUGGACACCUGGAUCUUUUCCUGCGGUUUCUGCUGGGGAUCUCACUGGAGUCCAAUCAGAGACUCCUACAGGGUCUGCUGACACACACUGAGAAGAGCUCUGAGAGCAUCAGGACAACCACAGCUUACAUUAAAGACACAAUCAAACAGGAACAGGGUCUCUCGGCUGACAGAUCCAUCAACCUUCUUCUCUGUCUGCUGGAGAUGAAUGAUCAGACUCUGGUUAAAGAGAUCCAGGAGUUUAUGAAAUCAGAUGAAGACUCACAGAAUAAACUCUCUCCGUCUCACUGCUCAGCGAUCGCCUACAUGCUCCAGAUGUCAGACGAAGCUCUAGAGGAGCUGGACCUCAUGAAAUACAACACAUCAGAUGAGGGCAGAAGGAGACUGGUACCAGCUGUGAUGAACUGCAGAAAAGCAAAAUUCAACAGAUGUAAUCUCACAGAUCAGUGCUAUAUAAUUGUGACAUCAGCUCUACAAUUAACCAAUUCACCCCUGAUAGAGCUGGACCUGAGUAACAAUGACCUGCAGGACGCUGGUGUGGAGCUCAUCUGUGCCGGACUGAAGAGUCCAAACUGUCGGCUGGAGAUACUGAGGUUAUCUGGGUGUAUGGUGACAGAGGAAGGCUGUUGUCAUCUGGUUUCUGCUCUUGAUUCAGACACUUCACACUUAAGAGAGCUGGAUCUGAGCUACAAUCACCCAGGAGAAGCAGGAGUCCAGAUGUUUUCUGCUUUGUUAAAAAAUCCAGAUCGCAAACUGGAGAAACUCAACUUCGACCAGUGUAGAGAAUCCAGGAUCAAACCAGGACUACAAAAAUAUUUCUGUAAACUCACGCUGGACCCAAACACGGCAAACUCUUAUCUUGCUCUGUCUGAGGGUGAAAGAAAGGCAAUGCGUGUGGAAGAUGUGCAGCCAUAUCCUGAUCAUCCAGACAGAUUUGAGAACCAGGAGCAGGUUCUGUGUAGAGAAACUCUGUCUGAACGGUCUUACUGGGAGGUUGAAUGGAGUCAGGGGGCUUAUGUUGCAGUGACAUAUAAAGGAAACAGAAAAAAAGGAGGAAGUGAUCGUAGAUUAGGGUGGAAUAAUAAGUCCUGGAGUCUUUUCUGUACCCCUGAUAGAUUCAGUGCUUGGCACGAUAAUAAGAACAGAGAUGUACAUGUCCAGUCAGACCCUUAUUUCAGAAGAGUAGGUGUGUAUGUGGACAGGGCUGCCGGCACUCUGUCGUUCUAUGGUGUCUCCGACACACACACACUCACACACAUACACACGUUCAACACCACGUUUACUGAACCUCUCUAUGCUGGGUUUGCAGUUUAUGGUUCGGUGCUUCUGUUAGAGUGAACCGCCUCCUGUUAUUUACAGUACAGGCAGUCUGUUUUCAUCUAGACUACACUCGCUGUAACAGCAGCACUGCUUUAUAGUGUGAUGCCAGCUCCCAUGCCUGUGUCAAACUUAACCAGGGACCAGAUUUAACUCCUAUGAGCAAUUCUUCAAACCUUUUGAAGAAGAACCUAAAUGUGCUCUUUUUUUAAAGAUUUUUUUUAGGAACAUCUCAUAUUUCACUUUUAAAAAGGAAAUUGGUAGAGCAUUGCGCCAUCAAGGAUUCCCCUGAUUCCCCGGGAACACGUGAUAGGUAAAAAUUGAUAGCCUGAAUGCACUGUAAGUCGCUUUGGAUAAAAGAGUCUGUUUAAUUUAAUUUAAUUUAAAAUGAAAGUCUUUGGCAAUAUCUGAUUGAAUAAAUGGCACUUCUUGCUGAGCUCUCAUUGAUCGUCUCAAUGAACAAUACUCCAAAAGCCGUCUCUUAGAGCUACCUGCAGAUUGCCAUAGUUAUUAUAAGCAUGCACACUAUUUUCUGAAUACAGCUAAAAACACUAAUCCUGUAGUGUGAGACCUGCUUUACUAGAAGAGAUGCAUUUAUUCGCUGCUAAAAUUCAUCACGCAAACACUAAACAGCGCUCCGAGAUCCAGUGUGAAACACUUGAAUUCAGCAACGCAAAUUAAUUUAAAGAGUGGUUUAAAACCACAAUUAGUGGUCUGGUUUCUACAACUCUUAAGAGCAAUCUUUUUUAAGGAGGAAAAAUUGCUUUUAAACUCGAAAUAUAUAUAUAUAUAAUAAUUGAUUGUCGACUUAUAUGAAACCUUUUAUUGAGAUUAUUUUUCUUCUUAUAUCUAUAUAUUUAUAUCCAUUAUAUAAGAUAAGGCCAUCUUAUAACUUUAAGAAGAAUCUUUUCAAGAAUUUGAGUUCUUUUUAAGUUUCGUCUUAAGAGCCACUUUAAGAAGAAGAAGGAAAAAAACAACAACAAUCUGACAGAGUAUCUUUGGGAAUACAAAAUAUUUGUACGUUCAAAAAUAAGAAGAAAAUAGAAGUAAACAUGAAUCUUAUCCUUAAGAAUGUUUUGUGAAUCUGGCCCCAGGUGCUAUACACAUCUUUCAAUAAAGUGUUUGUAAUUUUUUCUCCGCAUAAAUGAAGCUAAUUAUGUCAAAUAUGCAUUUCAAAGAGACAAUUUCGAAAAGACCAUUUAAAUGAAGAGAGAAGUAUGUUUAUUUUUCAGCAAUGGCUACCGUAAUUCAUUAUAUAAUAAUAAUAACAUCAAGCGCAAGGUUGGGGGUUCGAUUCGCCGGAAACACAUGAUUAAUUUAAUGUAAUUUAAUUUAACCUUUGAAUGUAACAAGAUGUUUAUCAUGACAGUGUAUUUGACUGAAUGUGUUCCCUUUAGACAUCACAGAACCACUGAAAGAUAUUUAAAGUUUAUAAGUUGAUGUUCUUUAACUUCUGUGAUUCACAGAUGGGCCUUUGUUAUGCUUGUUAUAUGAUAUUUGCUGCAUAUUUAGUUUGUGAGCACAGUUAAUCUGUAAAAAGUAGCAUUUAUACACUACACAUCAAUUCAAAGCAGUUUUACAGAUUGAAUUAUUGUGCUAUAAUAUGACUUCUUAUGAUCACAUCAUGCUUUUAAAUAUAUUAUUUUUCUGAGUAUAAUUGUAUGAAUCCAUUGUCAACUAAAACCAAAUAUUUCAACAUUUUAUAUUAUUUCAAACACAUAUGAAGUGAACACUGCUCUUGUUGUGUAUAGUGUACUAUUAUAAAAGUGUAAGUCCUUAUGUUUAAGUCUUGCACUGCACCUCAGUCCACACUUUGGUGAUGUAUUGCCAUAUACUGUAGAUGGCUGUGAAAUUAUUGCAGGCUUCUGCAUUUUCAUCGCUCGUUCAUCUUUAGUGCGAGUGUCACAUGAAGAGCAGAGAUGUGGAAAUAUACCUUUGUCCGGUUUCUGUUGAUUGGAUAUGCACUACACUUUGUAUAAUUGAUGUAAUGCACAAUAAUAAGCCGAACUGAAUAAUUACACAUUUUAUUUUCCUUCCUUAAAACAACACUCAUAAGAGAAGUGACUAUUUCCUUUGCAACACUUGUCACAUUUGUUUCUGACCAGAUUGUUCUUUGACAAAGACAGAAAGAAUGUUAAAUAAAAUAUUUUUUUUAAUCA